AAAAUGCCGAAUAGGUUAUGACUUCACUUCACACAAUAUCCCAAACACAACCUCUUCAUAGAAUAAAGAAUCAUAUAACUUUUCCGUAUGGUCAAUUAAGAAUUACAUUUUAUUGAAAAUAUACCUACCUUUUUAGCACUUUAGUACCAAUAACACAAUUACACAAAUAACUAUAUCUAUCUCAUCAUCAUACGGUCUACACCUUUCAGAAUGCGCAAACCAUAUAUGCGCAUUCCGUAUACGGACAUCUUACCGUCACCUACCACCAUCCCGCGAACUGCCACUACCCUAUCAGGAGCAAUUGCAGCUCUACAAGAGUUCUUUGGUGCAUCAUCAGCAAAAGGUGCCCCUUCUACCGUCGCUCUUACUGGGGCUGGUAUAUCUGUAGCUAGCGGACUGUCGGAUUAUCGAGGGCCCAAUGGUACAUAUCGAGUAAAUAAGACAUAUCGACCCAUCUACUACAGCGAGUUUAUUCAGAAUCACGAGGCUAGGAAACGGUACUGGGCUAGGAGUUUUCUUGGCUGGACCACUCUACUGAAAGGAAAACCCAAUGCUGGUCACUAUGCUGUAAAACACUUAGGCGACUUAGGACUAGUUCAGAAUGUGAUUACGCAAAAUGUGGACUCGUUUCAUCUAAAAGCUCAUCCUCAACUCCCCACGAUCGAGCUACAUGGAUACUUAAGAUCAUGCAUAUGUACAUCAUGCCACCAAGAACUGUCGCGAGAGACAUUUCAGCAUGAGCUAGCUAGGUUAAACCCUGCCUGGGACACCUUCCUGCAAGAGAUCUUAGCAUCCGGCGCCUUGGAUACGGAAAAUCCAGACGAAAGGCGAGCUAGGGGUUUGAAGACGAAUCCUGACGGUGAUGUUGAUCUUCCAGGUGCACCAUACACGACAUUCCGCUAUCCUGCUUGUCCCACAUGUCUUACAUCUCCACCUGCCAUCGCAGAUGGGAGUCUAGCCAAGGUCGAAGUUGAUACAGAUGGCGCGUUGAUGCCAACUAGCACAGCUGGAAUCUUAAAACCGGCUGUUAUUAUGUUUGGGGAGAACAUUCGUGUACCCGUCAAAGCUGCGGCAGAGCAAGCCAUCGAAAAUGCCGGAAGCUUGUUGGUCCUAGGCACAUCCCUAGCGACUUAUUCCGCAUGGCGACUGGUUAAGAAAGCUAAGGAUCGGGGCAUUCCCAUCGCGAUCGUUAACCUUGGAGGGGUAAGAGGGGAGGAGACCUUUUUUGCUGACCUCGAUCCGUCUCAAAAGGGGAACCAGGGAGCAAGGAUAGAGUUGUCUACCGAUGAGCUGUUACCUGCUCUUGUAGAGCAGUUGAGACAGUCUUCUAGAAUAAAAGCUGCUGUAGAGGGACAUGACCACAGGUCUGAACAGCAUGGUGCCGCAGUUUUCAAAGAUAUGAUGUCGUAAUAGCAUAUCUAGUAAGUCUUGUUGUAUAUAGGCAUAUAACCUGCCAUAAUUCGGAGGCUAGAAAAAAUUCGAAUAGCCUCCAGCCUUUGUCUUUGGAUGUUCCCUAAUUUCCGUAACACCAGGACUACUACUAGAUUCUGUCUUUAUCAAAUCUGUUGUAGGUUGUUUUGUCUUUUCAGAUUUCUUCGUAUUCUUGAGGAUAUCAUCCCGCUCAAUUUCUCUUAAUACUUCCUCCCAUUCUUUCUCCUUUUCAGCAUCCCCAGUGCCUAACGCUUUCUCGACAUCAACUUCUUCACCUCUCUGCAGCUUCUCCACCACCUCGCGCAGUGUCCCGAUGCGAACUUCGGACCGCCUCAUAAAUGUUUCAAAAUCCUUCUUCAACACAAUCAUCUGUAUAGCCAUGGAUCCAAUGAAGAGGAAUAUGAUGAUGUAGAAUGUUGCUGGAUUCCACUCCUUUGACAUAAACCCCUUGAGCGUACCACGCCGGCCCACGGAUCGUUCUGAGCGUCUAAAAGGUUUCGGUACCAAGUUCUUCCAGAACGAUGUCUGCAUUAUUGACGGAACCGUGCUAGCAUGUCGGACGAAGAGAGGCUGAUUGAGAAAUAUUAGCCGCGGGGCUACAGGCCAGAGGGGUGCCGUAGCUAUCGCGGCUUUGCGCCAUAUCAACUUGUCCAUGUUGGGAGACUUGUUGCCAUGUGAGUUGGAAGGAAAAAAGAAUGAAAAAGAAGGUUUUCGG